GCCAUUUGAAAAAAGUCACCAAGCCACGAGGUAUAGGAUUUGCUUUUGUACGACAAUGUCCAUAGGCUGUCCACGCUAUACACACACACACAGAGGCUGUUGUCUACGUGUGUGUCGCGUGUGAAUCAGUGCAGAUGGACAGCUGUGCCCACGUGGCUCUGGUCGUGUGAGAGUCGUCGGAUGGUUACUUUUAUUUUUAAACUCUGAAGGAAAUUACAAAAAUAAACGCGGGCCGACCUCUCUCGUCCGCUCGUCUUUCAGCUGUUCGUGUUGCACAGCCAACAGCAGCAGCAGCAGCUUCAGUAUCAGCAGCAACAACAGCAGGAGUAUCAUCAUUCGCAGCGACAUCAUUCAGCAGGGAGCAGUAAUUGCAGCAGUAGAGUAUUAGAACCGCCUGCGGGAGCAAUAUAAUCAGCGGUGGCAGCAAAGGAGCCGCGUCAGUAUCAUCAGCAACAGCAGUAUCAGCACUAUCAUCAUCAUUAGCAGGAGCGGUAGUAUCAGUAUCACAAUUGUAUUAUCCGCAGCAAUAUCAGCAGGGGUUAGUAUUUUGAGCCAGCAGCAGCGUUACAAAGUUUCCUUGAUAACCAGACUGCAGUGCCACCCGAGGCAAACCGAUUUGCCAACUUUCAUCAACAACCGGAUUGGUGUAUAUACAGCGUGGGCGCCCAUAGCCUGCAGCAACACUGCGUUACAACCGGACAAACAGAUUGAUUCACUAACAACGACGCUUCAGCCACGCGAUAGCUAAUUGAAUGUAGAACAAACUUUGAGAAGGAGUUGAGAAGGAGGAAGCGGCGGCGAGGAGGAGUGGUGGCGUGGCAGUUUGCACAUUGUUCCCGCUGAGAUCGGGUCACGGAUCUUCUUCGCAGAAAGAAGAAGAGUCAAGUCGCACCACCCUCCACAUCUCAUCCCUUCUUCUUGCGUGAAGGCGAUCCCCUUCUCACGGGAGCGAGAAAAGGGGGGUCCCCACCCCCCUCCCUACCAGCCUGCUCCAACUUCUCCCGGGGCCAUGAGGUGACCCAGUUCGGAGGGUCUCGGCCCCUGGGGGUGGCCGACUGCAACCCCCGGAUCUCUGUACCUCCUCCUCCUCUUUAACUACCCAGGGUGUCCCCCUUGUACCCUCCACCCCGACAAGUCCCUUGCUGCCGCUGGAGGCUUUUGCCUGGACUCACUCAACAAUGGAGCGGUGGCGAGAUGGUUGCAGCUGGGAUGACACGAUGCUGCCACGCUCCGGCAGCGGCAGCGGCAGCGGCAGCGGUAGCGGCAGCGGCUCCGAGAUCGUCCAAUCGGCGCACCGGUCGCGCUCACGGCAGCGCGCGGGGAUCCGCAGCCAGCGCCCCUGCUCCAGCCAAUCGGACGAGUCGUCGAGCCCCACGCCACCGGACGUGCCGCGAGGAGGGCGGCGGCGCAGCGACGGCGCUGGCACCGGCGCGGAGCUGGGGGGAGACGCCGCCGCUCCCUUCCUCGCCGAGCGUUGGGCUGAGUUGGCGGUGGCCGGCGAGCACACCGACACGGUGCGCAGGCGGCACCGGCACCGCGGCGGGGACGACCACCACCAGCACCGCGAGCGACAGCGGCGGCGGCACCGGCGUCGCCGCGGCAGCGGCGGCGGCGACGACGACGACGACGACGACUGCAGCGAUCGCGCCCAGGGAGAGGACGCCGGGAACGCACGGCAGAGGCCGUCGAGUGGCAACCUCCUGCAGCUGCUGAGCGUCCUCGAAGGGGAGAUUCAGGCGCGGGACGAGGUGAUCGCGCUGCUGCGGGCGGAGCGCGUCUCGCCGGCCCGGCUCGAGGCUCGCUACGGCACGGCCGCCGGCGCCGGAGCGCUGCGCUCGCUGCAGAGGGACGCGGCGCUCGGAGACGGAGACCCGUCGUCCCGGCGGCACCGCGACGGCGACGGCGACGACGUCUACGAGACGCCCAUGGCCGAGCUGGAUCGCGUGAUCGCGCGCCAGCGGGAGACGCACGCCCGCGCCCUCCGGCAGCUGCUGCUGGCGCAGAGCAGCGAGCGGCGCUCGGCGCGGCAGCUGGAGGCGGAGCGGCACAAGCACGAACAAUACAUGGCGCAGAGCGACGAUUUCACCAACCUGCUGGAGCUCGAGCGGGAGAGGCUGAAGCGGCUGCUGGACCAGGAGAAGGCGUCGAGCGCCGAGCGCGAGAAGCAGCAGGAGACGGCGGCGGCCACCCUGCAGGAUGAGCUGCGCAAGCUCAAGUCGUUCUCGCUGCUCCUCGUCGACGAGCGCCAGGCCCAGGAGGCGCGCCUCGAGCAGCAGGCCGAGCGGCUCGCCGAGCUGUCGGCGCGCCUAGGCGAAGAGCAGGCUCGGGCCGCGAGCCAGGCCGAGAGGGCGUCCGCCGAGGCCGAGGGCGCUCGCCGGAGCGCCGAGGAGGCGGAGGAGCGCGGCAGGGAGGCGGCGCGGGCCCAGCGGGAGGCCGAGGCCCUGGCGGCCGAAGCCGAGCGCCGGGCGUGCGAGCAGGAGCGGCUGCGCGCCGACGUGGAGCGGCUGGCGGUCGAGAGCGCCGAGCUGCGCGCCGCCAAGGCGGAGCUGGAGGAGGCCCUGCUCAGCGGCAGCCAGGAGAUGGAGGGCCUGCGCCAGCGGGCCGUCGAGCUGGAGUGGAAGGACGGCGAGGUCCGCGAGGCGGAGGAGCGCUCCGCCGAGCUCCGCGGCCGCCUGUUGGCCGAAGGGGGCCUCCUGGCCGAGCUGCAGGAAGAGCAGCGUCGUCUGAGGGCGCGGGCCGCUGAGCUGGAGCGGACCGGCGCUUCGGAGCUGAAGCAGAGCCGGGACGAGUGCCAGCUGCUGGCCGAGCGGCUCCACGCGGAGCAGGACGGCGCCCGGGCCCUGGCGGCCGAUGUCGCCGAGCUGAGGCGGCGGCUGCUGGAGGCGGAGAGGUCCGGGGAGGCGCUGAGCGGCGCCGAGACGGCGCUGCGCGGGGAGGUGGCGCGCGCUCGGGCGCUGGCGUCGGCGCUCGCCGAGGAUCGGCGGGUGAGCCAGGAGCGGCUGCGUCUGGCCGAGGCGUCCGUCGAGGCGCUGGCGGCGGAGCUGACGGCCGAGCGGGACCGGCUAUCGGAGGCCAGCGGGCGGCUGAUCGAGGAGCGCCGGCGGGCGAUGCACGAGCGCGCGGAGGCCGGGGAGGCGCUGCGGCGCUCGCGGGAGGAGUGCGACGCGGCACACGGCAGCCUCGACGUCGAGCGGGAGAAGGCCCGAGAGGCGGCGGCCCGGGCCGCCUCGCUGCGCGAGCAGCUGGAGCGUGCAACCGGCACCGGCGGCGGGAGCGACGGCGCGAUCGAGGGCGCCGACGACGGCACCGACCCCGUGCGACCGCUGGCCAACGGUUGGUCGAACCGUGAGGCUGCGGUCGCCGCGGCGGCGUGGGACGAGAAGGCGAGGGGUCCCCACACGCCGUCCACUAACCGGCGCCGGGACAAGAAGCAGCUGGCGCCGCAGGAUCGGGUCGAAGGCCGCGAGGGGCACGCGGCGUCGCUGGCCGAGGAGGUGCUGUCGCUGCGCCGCGAGGUGGCCACGUUCCGCGCGUCGCAGGCCCGGCCGGCGGGCGGGCCGGAGGAGCGGCCCGUGCUGUGGCGGCGCUGCGAGGCGGCGGAGGCGCGCGUGCGUGACCUCGAGAGCGACCUCGAGGACCUGGGCCGCGAGCUGGAGUGCUACCGCCACUACAGCCGCUCCAUGCUGCGCCCGCUCCUCAGCCCCGUCGGGCGCAAGCUCGUGUCACACGCGUCGCUCUCCGACGCCUGCGCGCAGACGGGAGCCGAGCCGGGGCCGGAGGGACCCCCCGAGGAGGCCUCGGAGGCCGCUACGGUGGCGGCCGAGGAGGACUGGAUGACGAGGCGGCUGAUGAUGAUGACGGCGGCCGCCGAAAUGGUGGCGCGAUCCUCGCCGGCGUCGGCGAUGGCGUCCCUGGAGCCCGGCGUGGGGCGCUCCUGGCUGCCGGCGCCAUGGCUCAGGCAGGGCGGAGGUGACGUCGAGGCCACUGCCGCCACCGGCACGGCCGUCGGUGGCAGUGUCCGUAGCGCCGUCAGCAACUCCGCCAGUAACCACAGCAUCAGCAGCAGCAGCACCAGCACAAGCGGGGGUGGCAGCAGCAGCAACAACAUCACUGGCAAGUGCAACAACAGUGCGGAUAAAAGUAACAGCACCAGCAACAGCACAAUCAGGAGCAGCAACAGCACGGUUAACGGGAACAGCACCAGCAACACUAUCAGCAAAAGUAAAGGCACAAGCAGCACUGUUAGCAGCAACAGCGCCAGCAGCACCACCGUCGUUAGCAACAGCACCAGCAUCAGCGCUACAAGAAGCAGUAACAUCAUUGUCAGGAGCAACACCAGUAGCAUCAUCAGCAGCAGCAGCAGUAGGACCCUCUCCAGCAGCAGCAGCAGCAGCAAGGGCGAUGGGAAGCGCAUGGGACCCGUGUACUCCGCAAUGAGGAGGGUGGCGAGCGUGAUGGACGUGAGUCGAGCGAGCUUGCAGCGGCCACUACAGAUCGUCCUGGAGAAGCGCGACGCGCAGGCGGCGCUGGCGAACCUCCCCGGCGACGGCGCCAGGCCCGCCCGGCCGGACGCGGCCACGCAGAACGGCGCCGACGGACUGAAACGCCCAUCGGCGACGACCGCACGGGACCACGGCGUCGGCGCCGCCCGGCGGAGCGAAGGCUCCCUGCGGGGGGCCGGCGGCCCGCCUGCCCUGCCCGUCCAGAGGCACGCGCCGGCGGGAGCGGCGCCCCACCCGCCGGCGCCGCCGGGGCGCGAGGUGGCGAGCGCCCCGUCGACGCCGAGGCGGGCGCUCAGCCCGCAGGCCGUGGUGGAGCGGCCCGGGCGGCGCCCGCACGCCGAGAGGCCGCGCUCCCUCGCCGUCGUGCCCAGCUGCGCCGGGAGGAUUUUCAACGGCGCCCCGUCACCUCCGCCCGUGUCGCCGCCCGCCUUCGCCACGCUACCGCGGUCAAGGGCGCGCACCAUGGAGGGAGGUGACGGCGGCGGGGGGGGCGGCAACAUGGCCGCCGCCGUCGUCGCCGUGGUGUCGCUCGAGAGCCGCUCGCUUGCCACCUCGCCCGUCUCCACCGCUGCCAGCGCCAUCUCCAUCGCCACCACCUCCACGCUGCGCCGCACUAUCUCGGCACGUGGCGGGCGGGCGGAUGUGCCGCCGACGCCGCCGGUUAACGGCACACCGACCGCGGCGGCGACGGCGGCGACGGCGGCGAAAGUGGCGGCGACCGUGGCCGAGGAGACGAGGAUCCAGCUGCAGGUCGGGCCUCAGUACCGGCGGCGGGCGGCUGGUCAGGGCUGCGACGGCGCUGCCGACUGUGCGCCGGUGGACGGCAACGUGUGUGCGCCGACAUCGACGCCGUCCGUGGAGACGGACGGGAGCACGUGCCGCCCCUGCCCAACGCGCAUCCCCAUGCCCCGCGGCUCCAAGGUUCCCCGGCCGCUCUCCGCCAUCGUCUCGUUCAUCGCCCCCACCAUCGUCUCCGAGUCGGCGGUGGCGCGGGGUGGCCCCGGCGGCGGCGGCGGCGGCGGCAAGGGCCGUCAGCAAGCGGUCGUCGGUGGCGCCAGGGAGGCGUGACGGGGCGGCCCUACCGGCGCGGUGCUCGCGGACGAGCGACGGUCGAACCGGAGGGCGACGGCGUGGGGGGGGGGAGGGCGGCCCGGAGCCGCUGUGCUCUUGUGGAUCAGCGGCAUGUGCGCCGGCGCUUUUUCGCGAAAACCAAAUUCCCGUGUUACCCCUUUGCGGCGCUGUCAUUUUCUCCAAAGUUUUUUUUUAAAGGACAGCGCUUUUACCCCCCCCACCCAAGCCGACGGGCGCUCGGGAUUUGACUCGUGGGCCUGUCUUAGUUGGGAGGCUCUGGGCCGCCGCCGCCGCAUGGUGUCAACGUGGGGGAGAGAUGGCGGGCGGGCGGGCGGGCGGGCGGUCGCGGGAUGCAUCGCAGCGGCCAUGCAAGCUCGUCCUCUUACAGUGGAGCGGCCGUCCUGUCUAAGUUGGAACCUUCAUCCCGGCCCGAGACAUUAUCCUUGACUCCCCCUCUUUUUUACAUUUUUUUUUAAAGAAGGCGCAACACGAUAAAGAAACAUUUUUAGAUACGAAACGAGUAUAUUCACAGGGCUUCGUCAAACCAUUGUUGAAUGAAGCCCUCCCUCCACAUGCUGUGUUGGUUAUGAAGGAUGGGGGGGGGGGGGGUUUGUUGACUAUACUUCACCACGCUUGUGAAUCGAAGGGAGUGUUCAGGACAGGUUUAAAUGCCAUGUGCCAGGGAACUCGGGUCGCCGAGUUCACAGCACAGUGUGCUAACCACUGUGCCACCCCGCAUUCCUAGCAGGGGCGUACCCAUUGCAAUGAACUUCUGUAUAAUAGUGCGAUGCACCGCAACCGUAAACUUGCACAACGGCAAUAAUAUACAGCAGUGUUCGUCACUGCAGGACCCGCGGGCCACUGGUGGCCUUCAGUGCGGGCCACUGGUGGCCUUCAGUGCGGCCACUGGUGGCCUUCAGUGCGGCCCCUGAUGUUCGGGCCCCCGACAAUCGCACAACAAGUGAAAACCACCCCCCACCAUCAUCAUCGUGCUGCUGUCAAGCCCCCCCCCCAAUGGUUUCAAAUCUGUGAUGGUCCUCACACACUGAUGAUGUCUUAUUGGCGAAAGUGGCUCCCCCCUCUCUGACAAUGUGUGAGGAACACUGGUGUACAGGAAUACACACAAACUCAAUUAAACUCGUGUAAACGAUAACAGCUGUUGUGGAGGUAACGAUGCUGAGAAUGGCUGAUGAACGUCGAAGCUUCGAGCUCGCGACGCAAUGCAUUGGUUAAUGUGUUCGAUAUUUCAAUGACCUUCGAUUCUCAAAGUCUAUGUCGUGACGGAUUCUCGUGAUGGCCGUGUCUGCUACAGGACAUGUACAGUGUUCACAGAGUGUCCCUUCUUGAGUAGUAAUGACAGUUCAUCAAUUUUCUGGGGUGAUGGCAGUGGGGGCAGGGGUAGGUGGGGGAGAUUAAACUAAAAUUAUUAAACACUAUUUUUAUUUUACCAAGUAAUGCCCGCUGAGCUAUGUAGCGCUUUUUCAGAAGCGACCUGGCCACAAACGAUAGCUCAACAAAGUGGCUAAUCACGUGAAAAUUUACA